GGGGGGGUGCUCCCGUUUUCCUCUGCGUACCUCUGUUGUAGGAUAACCAUGUUGUGCGGAAAUGAUCUGUUUCUCUGAUGUUUCCACCAGCGUUCUUCGCUCCUCUGAGCCAAGGACUGUGGAAUCAUGACCUGUGGCAGGGACACAGUGAUUCCAGCAGGGAGCGGGGUCUGGGAGUGACGCCACGACGUGGUUGGCCACAGUUCGGAUGUGUCCUGGAGGAAACAUGUUACCAUUCCUUUUGAGAACCCACGAUCACAGGGCCUCCCCCAGUCCUAGCACUGGCCCGGCACUUAGUAGAUAGUGGAAUGUCCAUUCCUGGGAGUGUGCGUGGCGGCGGAGCCGCUGAUCACACAGGUUAUGUCUCUGCUCUCUCCGCAGUGGGAGCCCACCAUCGACCUUCUGGAGGCGUUUGUGGAGCACUGGAAGGGCAUCACGCACUAUUACAUCGAGAGCACAGAUGAAAGCACCCCGGUCAAGAAGACGGAUAUCCCCUGGCGGCUGAAGCAGAUGCUGGACAUCCUGGUGCACGAGGAGAGGCAGCAGGCGGCGGGCGAGGCCGGGCCCUGCCUCGAGUACCUGCUGCAGCACAAGAUCCUGGAGACCCUGUGCACGCUGGGCAAGGCCGAGUACCCCCCCGGCAUGCGGCAGCAGGUGUUCCAGUUCUUCAGCAAGGUUCUGGCCCAGGUCCAGCACCCUCUCCUGCAUUACCUCAACGUCCACAGGCCUGUGCAGAAACUUCUCCGGCUUGGGGGCGCUCCCGGAUCCCUCACAGAGAAGGAGGAGGUGCAGUUUACCACCGUCCUCUGCUCCAAGAUCCAGCAGGACCCAGCCCUGCUCACCUACAUCCUGGAAGGUAAAAAAACUGUCGCUCAGAAGAAAGCAUCCCAGGAAUCCACAGCCCUGCCUAGAGAGACGGCCAGUAUCGAGGACCAGGACCACCCCCACUGCAAGGCUCCUGACGGGGACGGGGCCUUGACCGCCCAGCUGCCUGUUGAGCCCCAGGAGCCCGAUGAGGGGAUCGGGGAGAGCAACCUAAUCACCUCCCUGGUUGGCUUGUGCAAGAGCAAGAAAGGUCGUGUGGCUCUGAAGGCCCAGGAGAACUUGCUGCUCCUCGUUAGCGUGGCUCCCCAGGCAGCCGCCACCUACCUGGUGCGGAGCAGCCCUUGCUGCCCUGCGAUUGUGAAGCACCUUUGCCAGCUGUACCAGUCCUUGCCCACCUUUCUGGACCCUGCAGACAUUGCUGCUUUAGAGGGCAUCACCUGGAGAGCUCCCUGUGGAACUGACCACCCUACCCUGUGCCCCGGCCCACCUCCCCACCUGCAAGAGAGGUUACCCAGUGCCCCGUCUGAUGAGGGUAACUUCCCGGGCAAAGAGGCCCUGGCUGCCUUUCUGGGCUGGUUCGAUUACUGUGACCACCUCAUCAUGGAGGCGCACGCGGUGGUUGCGGAUGCCUUGGCAAAGGCUGUGGCUGAGAAGUUAUUCAUGGAGAUCCUGCAGCCGCAGCUCCUACAUGUGUCUGAGCAGAGCGUCCUGACCUCCACGGCCCUGCUGACGGCCCUGCUGCGUCAGCUCCGCUCCCCUGCGCUGCUUGGAGAGGCCGUGGCCUUCCUCCUGGGCUCGGAGCAGCGGCCGGCAGCCCCCGAGGACAGCCCCUGCACCCCGUGCGCUCACCUCAUCAGGCACUGCGACCACCUCUCUGAUGAGAUUAGCAUCGCCACGCUGCGGCUGUUUGAGGAGCUGCUCCAGAAGCCCCACGAACAGAUCAUCCGCAGCCUGGUCCUGUGCCACCUCGAGGGCCGCCUGUACGCGGCCCGGGGUUCCCAGGAGCCCGAGAGCUACGAAGACAAUCUAGACCUAGAGGAGGAUCCCUACUUCACAGACGGCCUCCUCGAUGCCGGCUUCCAGCACUCGGCCAAGCCCCAUCCAGCCCCCGCCACCAACUCAGAUGGCAAAACGGCGGUAACUGAGAUCGUCAACAGCUUCCUCUGCUUGGUUCCCGAGGAGGCCAAGACCUCCGCCUACCUGGAGGAGACCGGAUAUGACACUUAUGUCCACGAUGCCUACGGACUGUUCCAGGAGUGCAGCUCCCGCGUCAGUCCCUGGGGCUGGCCCCUGGCUCUCACCCCUCUGGACCCCCACGAGCCGGAGCGGCCUUUCUUUGAGGGGCACUUCCUCCGAAUGCUGUUUGACCGCAUGUCCCGGAUUUUGGAACAGCCAUACAGCCUGAACCUGCAAGUGACCUCAGUCCUGUCCCGGCUCGCCCUCUUCCCUCACCCCCUUAUCCAUGAGUACCUCCUGGACCCCUACAUCAGCCUGGCCCCUGGCUGCAGGAGCCUGUUCUCUGUGCUUGUCCGGGUAAUUGGGGACUUGAUGCAGAGAAUUCAGAGGGUACCCCAGUUCCCAGGCAAACUGCUCCUGGUGCGCAAGCAGCUGAUGGGUCAUAUUCCUGGGGAGCAGCUGGACCACCAGACCCUUCUCCAGGGAGUGGUGGUACUGGAGGAAUUCUGCAAGGAACUGGCUGCCAUUGCUUUUGUCAAGUUCCCCCCACAGGGUCCUCACCUGCACCUCCCCCCACCCCUGGAAGGGCACGUCUGAGCCAGGAGCAUGACGGGAGGGAAGGCUCCUGUCUCACCUCUGCCCGGAGCUGCCUCCCCUCCCGCCUGGCACAGCCGCCGCCACCCUUCUCCCGGGGCAGGGGCUUGGCUCUGUCUCCUCUGUAUCCAGGGGCCUCUGCCUCUGUGGAGGCCUAGGCUUCGGCUCCCAGUUCACCUCAAGGAGACCUUGCCUUGUUGGCUACGCUAGGCUGGGCUUCAGGAAGUGGGUCGCCAAGGUACCAGAGCCAAGGAGUAAAAGAGGGGGCCUCCCGGGCAGCAUGGUGUCUUCCCAGGGGAGCUGGGUGAUGGCCAGGUGAGCGUCGGGACCCAGACCCUCCUGUGUUCUGGGACUGUCACCUCUCUCCACAGGCCAUGUGUGGCUGAGGCCAAGACCUGUGAUUCAAUCCCAGUGGGCACACAGGGUGUGAGCUGACAGCUGCAAGGGCUGGUCAGGACUGUAGGUCAGACAGAUGAGGGCAUGGGAGCCCAGACUCUGUCACACUAGGUACCAUAGAUUCUGCUAAGACUUGACAUUUUUUUUCUCCUGGCUUCUUGACUUAACCCUGGUGGAAGGGGCAGUGGAUGGCAGGGGUAGCCCAUUCUUCUUGCCUGGCCCUCCCGGAGACUGUUGCAAAAUCCCCAACUGCCUCAUGGCAAAUGGCCAAAGCUUGCUCCGCGCCCAGGCGGGGGCAGCUGCUAAUGAGAACCUUGAUGCAACUCCACCAGGGCGGGAGAGGGCCUGGGGAGCCGGGGACUGGUGCCAGGCUCCAGCUCCAGCUGGUUUCUCUGGCGCCUUCUGAACCCGUCUCAGCAGGUCCACAACACCUGGGCAGAGGGGCUCGAGACCGGGGGAGGCCAGGCCCAGCCCACAGUGUUCUCGAUGGAAUGCCCUUCCAGGGGAGCGAGGGAGCUCAGGGUACAGAUGAGGCCAGGAUGCCCACCUGACUGCAGGCCCCAAGGCCUGGCAGGGAGGGGCUGGGGCACAGGCUGCAGUCCUGGCGUUCUCCCUGCAUGCCCUCUGAGGCUGGGGCUGCCACCCCACCCGGCCCGAAUCUGUCUCGACCUGCGGGAACACACAGGCGGCGCCAGGCAUUACCUCACAGCAGGACUGCAGUUGCUGGCUUUGCUCCUGGGCAAGGAGGAGCAGGCCAGAGCCCCUUUUGCUUCCUUUUCCUGCCCAUGCCGCUUCGGGAAGCCAGCUGCGGGUUGCCAAGAGGUGACAUGAAAGAGGAGGAAACUCAGUGACCUCUACCUCUCCCGCAUUCCUCCACGCUGGGGAGGACUGACCUGCUCUGCUGAAGGACACCGGGCGUGUGCAUGCGUGCGUUGUGCACGCGUGGGUGUGGGAGUGGGAUGGGAGCAAGCUCAGUGGGCAGACUGGGUCUGGACUCUUGGAUUCUGAAAAGGUUCAAGCAUCCAGGAGUCACACUCACUCCCCUCCUCGAUGCACUUUGGCAUUCUCGUGGUGUACCCCCCCGACACCACGGCAAUAAAUGGUGUGGUUGCGUGGACACA